CCGGCGUUUGCGCCCCAGGCCAAGGGCACGGCAGUCGGUGGUCGGCCGGCUCCGCGGGAAGCCGGGCCAGCUGCGCGAGCCCUGGGGACCGUCCGACCCGGGAAGUUGCGUCUGUGACAUCAGGGGCAGAUCGGGUUGCAGCGAACCCUCAAGUAUGCGAGGCGCCGGCCGGCGGCAGGGCAGGGCGGGCAGGGCGCACCCGGGGCGCUGCGGCAGGUAGGCGCCGCUGGCCGCGCAGUCCUGGACGCUGAGGAGCCCCCACCUCGCCCGCCCGGUCGCUGUCACUCCAGGGAGCGCGGGACAGAUCCCAGCCAAGGAAGCCCCCUGCGCCCAAAGAUUUUAUCCCAUUUUGGAGAUGAAGAAAAUGAGGCCCCAAGCAGCUGAGUGACUUUCCCCAGGACACACACUGAGGGCUUCGAUGGCAUGCUCAGGCCCAGAGCUGAAAGAGGAAUAAAUUCCAAGUGGCCGAGGCUGUGUCCUCCGGGGCCCAGGACUUGCUCGCGAGUGACUUGGCCGUGAGCCCCACACAGCCCAGCACCAUGGAGAGAGUCAUCACCUUCUUCAACUCUAUCUGGGACAUCAUCGUGACCAAGCACCAGGAGGGCAUCUUCAACACCGUCUGCCUGGCCAUCCUCCUGGGGCUGCCACUCGUCGUGGUUCUCACGCUCAUCUUCAUCUGCUGCCACUGCUGCUGGAGCCGGCCAGGCAGGAGCAGACCGCAGCCGGCGCAGAACAAGAGGAAGAAGAAGAAGAAGGAUGAAGAAGACCUCUGGAUCUCUGUCCAGCCCAAGCUUCUCCAGAUGGAGAAGAGGCCAUCGCUGCCUGUCUAGCUCCCUCUGGGGCCAAGCCUCCUCCCGUCCCCACAGAGACGAGGGAGCAGGAAUCCCUGGAGAGACGCACUCCUGUCCCCAGACUACCUACUCCACCAGGGAACCAAUCUCAGAUUCAGUGUCCCCACAGAGGGCACUCCCCAGGGAGCACAUGGACGUGUCUUGCUCUGUCUUGGCCACUAUGUGUCCAGUAGCCAUGCCUCUGACGGCGACCCAAGCAUGCAUUCCACCUGCCUCUGCACACCCCAUACCCCAAAGCACCAAGAACGUGAGUCUGUCCAUCUUGACAUAGCUUCCCCGUGUACCCACACACAUCACCCGGGCAGAUUCAGGCAACGGCGCAAGGGCAAGUCUAUUCUGCUCAUCUGAUGGCUGUUGACUGUGGGCUCCAGGCCAGCAGCGCAUUACACACACUUGCAGAAAUGCCUGGUGGGAAGGCGUGGCUAGACUCAGGCACUCAGACACAGUUGUGCAGCUAGGCAAGGCCCCCACGCACUGUCUGCUCCGUAUUUCAGUCAGGUGGGAGACGUUGCCUCCCGAUUCCUGUACCUACCCUGCCUUUCACUGGAGAGUCUGGCAGCCUGGCACUGCCCCUAUUCCAGUGCAGACUGACACAGACACACCAAGUUCCUGUGCUUCUGACCCUUCACCUGUGCCCCUGUAAAGUCUGAUGAUCAAAAUUCACUGAAAGCUC